AUGGCGAGCGACGCAAGGGACGCGAAGGGCGCGUCGCCGGCCGUCGCGAACGAGACACCCACCAAGGAGCAACUGCAGUUUGCGCGUGCGGUGUAUAUUGUACUCAACCUGUGGCCCGCGCUGCGCCAGGCGGUGCUCGAGGGCUGGGGCGGGCCCGAGUCGGGCGAGAAGCGCGACUUUCUCCUGUCGCACCUCUGCGACGAGUACGGAAACGGCGGCGCAAACACCAAGCCCGAUCUUGAUGACCUCAUCGAGCUGAUCGAGAGCUACAUUGCUGAAGAGUACGACUGCCAGCUCGAGGACGACAGCGCAAUGUGGGUCGCAAUGCACGUCUGCGGCGCACACAAGACCAUCUUUGAGGAGGGCCGUGGCGACGUGAUUCUCGCACAGCUCGAGGACGCAUUCGCAAAGGCGGGCAAGACCAAGGUGCCAAGCACCACGCAAAGAGACGAGGACGAGGACGAGGACGAGGACGAAGACGACGACGACGACGAGAUGGACGAGGCGCCGGCCGCACCGCGCCCUGCGGCACCGCAGGCUGAGCCAGAGAUUGACGAGGACGGAUUCGAGACGGUAAUGCCACGCCGCCGCCGCUGA